UCGACAACCAACCACAAGCGGUUGCUGCAUUAAUUAAAAUGAAAUAAUAAAUAGGAGUGAGCUAACAGCCACCCUCCUCCAUCCAUCAUCCUCUUACUUCCCAUUUCUUCCUUCUCAUGUCUGCCCUUCAACCCUCUCUUCAAGACCCCUACAAGUUGCUCAAUCUCUCCCCCAACCCUGAUGGCUCCAUCACCCGGCUCAAUCAGAUCCCUACCCUACCCCCAACUCCCCACAUUCCCCCCCCUUCCGACUCUCCCGCUCCCCUCGCCCUCUCCAAAGACGUACCCCUCAAUCCUGCAAACAACACCUUCCUUCGCCUCUUUCGCCCCCUAAACCCUCCUCCUAACACCAAGCUUCCUCUCAUUCUUUACUUCCAUGGCGGUGGUUUUGUGUUAUUAAGCGCCACUUCUUUCUUUUUUCACGACUCCUGCAACCUUAUGGCGGUUCAUUUCCCUGCUGUUAUCGCUUCCCUCGAGUACAGGCUUGCGCCGGAACACCGUCUCCCGGCGGCUUACGACGACGCCAUGGACGCUAUCAUGUGGGUUAAAACCCAAGCACUGCAGGGCGAAGGCGUUGAUCCUUGGAUGAAAGAGCUCCCCGACUUCUCUAGGGUUUUCCUGAUGGGCAGCAGCGCCGGGGGGAACAUGGUGUACCAUGCAGCGCUGCGCGCACUGGAUCUUGAUCUCCAGCCCGUGAAAAUCGUGGGGCUGAUAAUGAACCAGCCCUUCUUCGGUGGGUUGCGGCGGACUGAAUCAGAGCUCAAAUACAUCAACGACCGCAUCGUCCCUGCGCAUGCAGCUGAUCUGCUGUGGUCGCUGGCGUUGCCGGAGGGCGAGGAUCGAGGGCACGAGUACUGCGACCCGAUGGGUGGUGGGUCCCACGUCGACAAAAUCGGACGGCUGCCGACGAGUUUGGUGAGAGGUUACGCCGGGGACCCACUGGUGGACAGGCAGAAGGAGUUCGCCAAGAUGCUGGAGGCGCGUGGGGUGCGCGUGAUACCGCAGUUCCUCGACGCAGGGCAUCAUGCAGUGGAGAUUUAUGACCCAGAAUUUGCGCAGGCACUGUAUGAUGAUAUUAAAGAUUUUAUACGCUGUGUUGCUGCUGCGGAUGAUGAAGCUAAUCAGUUAAGGUCAAUAAUGUAAUAACCCAUAAAGAGAUUUAGUUGCAAAUUAAUUACUUCACUAAAUGUAUAAUAAUGCUGAGCUUAUGGGUUCAUUGUUUAA